CUGUGGCCGGCUAAGCGGUGAAAUAGAUGUCACGUGGAACAUAGUCCACCCUCUUUUCUCGUCUCUUCCCUCUCACCUACGAUAUUCUCCUGUGUAUCUUAGGGUCUGCGAAGACCGGCAAGAUGGUAAACUGGGCAUGCAGCUAUGGACAAACAGGCAUAUCUGCAGCGUCAGCCCACUCUUUAUUCCAAAGGCUUUCGAUCUUGCAUGUCCCAAACUGAGAGAAGAUUCUUGUAUAGAACACGCGAAUACCUUGAACUCACGUCGUAUUCCGUGGGACGUAUUUCGUUGUCCUGGUCACAUGUUGUAUCCUGUCCUGACCGGCUCUGACCCCAUGUUCACUGUGCUUGCCUCUUGACCCUAUCAUCCCAAACGGUAUACGGAGACUCAAUGGCACCCCAACCCAACUUGCACGUUCAUGACGAUACCCCACAUGGCGUCGACGCAGCUGAAUCCAAGUCCAAAACACACGCUGAACUAACUACAUUGCCCGAGAAACCCAUCGAUCGAUUAUGGCGGGGCGACAAGGCGGGGAACGUGAAACUUGAUGGCAUUCCAACCUUUCAAAAUCCUUAUCAACAGAGGGAGUGGGUUAAAGAACAUAUGGCAUCAGCCUUCCGAUAUUGGGGAAAGCUUGGUUUCGGAGAGGGUGCCUCGGGACAUAUCACUGUUAGGGAUCCGGUUUUACCUGAUCAUUACUGGAUGAACCCCUUCGCCGUUCACUUCUCUUCCAUAACCAAAUCAAAGCUUGUACUUGUCAGUCCAGAUGGCUACGUUUCUCCACAUGGAGCACAACGUCCGAUUAAUACGGCCGGCUACUGGAUUCGUACGGGGUUCUUUAUCACCCAGUUGAAAGCUGCCAUUAAAAAGGUUUUGAUAGACUCCGAAAUCCACAAAGCCCGACCUGAAGUCAUGGCCAUCGCUCAUUGUCAUUCGAUCAACGCGAGUGCUUGGUCGGCGUUUGGACGUCCAAUCGAGAUUCUGCAACAAGACGCAUCCGCUUUCUAUGACAACCUCAGCGUGUACGAUGAAUACUCUGGAAUUGUUCUUGCUUCAGAAGAAGGCACAAACAUUGCGAAAGCGCUAGGCAACAAGAACAGAAACUGUAUUUUGAGGAAUCAUGGGUUGGUUACCUUGGGAAGUACAGUCGAUGAAGCGGUCUACAUGUACGGUCUGCUGGACAAACACUGCAAGAUUCAGCUUAUGGUGGAAGCCGCAGCUGCGAAUGGGUUGAAGAAAGUACCCAUCAGCGAGGAGGACGCGAAGUAUAAUUCUGAGACGGAGGCGGAUCCUGAAGCGUUAUAUAUUGCGUUUCAACCCGAGUAUGAAUUGCUGGUAGAAGAGACGAAUGGCGCGUUUUUGAAGUAG